GUGAUGCUGCUUCGCCGACUGGAGGCCAUGGACAGCUGGCACGAAGAUAAGCUCACUAACAUCCUGAGUGCCGUGGGCAAGUUUGGCACCUUCCAGAGGCAGCUGGUGGCCCUGACCUUCAUUCCCAAUAUCCUGUCAGCCUUCUUCUUGUUUCCUGACCAGUACAUGCUCACAGACCCCAAGCCCUACUGUAACACCAGCUGGAUCCUGGCCGUGGGCCCCAACCUCUCGGAGGCCGAGCAACUGAACCUCACCCUGCCCCGGGCGCCCGACGGUGGCUUCCUGACAUGCCUCAUGUACCUGCCCGUGCCCUGGGACCUGGAUGCCAUCAUCCAGUUUGGCCUCAACCACACGAGCUCUUGCCAAAAUGGUUGGAUCUACCCUGAAGCCGAGAAGCGGUCGCUGAUCAAUGAGUUUGACCUGGUGUGUGGCAAAGAGCCCGACAAGUGGACAGUGCAGAUGGUGGUCCUGGUAGGCCUCCUCAUUGGCGCUCUCGUCUUCGGCUUCUUGGGCGACAGGCUGGGCCGCUACCCCACCAUGGUGCUGUCACUGGUGGGCUUCAUCGGCUUUGGCUUCGGGACCGCCUUCGUGAGCAAUUUCUACCUGUACCUUUUCUUCCGCUUUGGCGUCUCGCAGGCCGUGGUGGGAUAUGCCAUCAGCAGCGUGACUUUAGUGACCGAGUGGCUGGUGGGCGAGCACCGGGCCCAUGCCGUGGUCCUGGAACACUGCUUUUUCACGAUGGGGACCGUCCUCCUGACGGGGCUGGCACACAGCAUCCCCCACUGGCGGCUCUUCUUCCUGAUGGCUGGGGUGCCCAUGUUCCCCCUCAUCUCCUGCUUCUGGGUCCUGCCCAAGUCGCCUCGCUGGCUGAUGGUGAAGGGCAAGGGGAAAGAGGCCAAGCAGGUGCUGUGCCACGCGGCUGCCUUGAACCGGAAAGCCAUUCCCUUGGGCCUGCUGGAGGAAUUGCAGCUGCCAGAAAGGAAGGUGGCGAAGGGAUCUGUCCUGGACUUCUACAGAAACAGACACCUCUGCAAGAUGAUUCUGGUGCUGAGUUGUAUGUGGUUCUGCAUCAGCUACAGCUACCUCACGCUGAGCCUCAAGAUCACAGAGUUCGACAUGAGCUUCUACAUCCAGCAGGUGAUCCCCGGCCUCAUGGAGGUGCCGGCUCGGCUGUGUAGCAUCUUCCUCCUGGAGCAGGUCGGCAGGAAGUGGAGCCUGGCAAUGACUCUGCUUCAAGCGAGCAUCUUGUCUUUGCUCCUCAUCUUCUUGCCCCAAGAACUCAAGUCCCUGAGGGCGUUGGUCAUCGUGCUUGGAGAGUUCAGCCUGGCAGCCACCAUCACCGUGUUCUUCCUCCACACUGCCGAGAUCCUCCCCACGGUCCUCAGGGCAACGGGCCUCGGGCUGGUGUGCUUGGCUUCCACGGUUGGAGCCAUCUUGUCCUUGAAUGUCAACAACCAGAUAUCCUCCACCCUGACCAUGUUCCUCUGUUGCCUUGCGUGUGCCCUGGCUCUCUGCUUGGCCUCGCUGCUGCGGGAGACCCAGAACCAGCCCCUCUGUGACAACCUGCAGCACUUCUGGCAGACCAGGUGGGUGUGCCCUGAACACUGUGCCUUUGCCAGAAGGGCCAUGGAGCCAGGGCCACCCCAAACCCCACCCUACCUGGCCCUGCUGACCUUGCCUGGCCCAUGGGGUUCCAGCUGAGACACAGCUCUGGGA